UCACAGCUCGCAAACUUCUGGAGCAAACAUGGUGAAGAUCAGUGUAGUGAAGACCAAACCGUACAGCGACCAAAAGCCAGGAACCAGCGGUCUGAGGAAGAGGGUGACAGUGUUCCAGCAGAACCAGCACUAUGCUGAGAACUUCAUCCAGAGCACUAUAUCAGUCAUCGAACCCUCGCACAGGCAAGAAGGUAUACUGGUGGUGGGAGGAGAUGGACGCUUCUUCAUGAAAGAUGCCAUUCAGCUCAUCGUGCAGAUCGCUGCGGCCAAUGGGAUUGGCCACCUGGUCAUCGGUCAGAAUGGAAUCAUGUCUACGCCCGCUGUGUCCUGUGUGAUCCGCAAAUUAAAAGCCAUCGGUGGGAUCAUUCUGACAGCCAGUCACAACCCUGGCGGCCCCAAUGGAGACUUUGGCAUCAAAUAUAACACCUCAAACGGAGGACCUGCACCAGAGGGGAUCACAAAUAAAAUUUUCGAGAUCAGCAAAAGCCUUCAGGAGUAUCGGAUCUGCCCAGAACUCAAGGUGGAUUUAUCCACUAUUGGCAAGCAGACAUUUGAGGUGGAAACGUUCAAACCCUUUACAGUGGAGAUCGUGGACUCAGUGGCGUCGUAUGCUGAGAUGCUCAGAGAUAUCUUCGACUUUGCUGCUCUGAAGGAGUUACUCUCUGGACCUAAUCACAUCAACGUGCGGUUAGACGCAAUGCAUGGAGUGGUGGGUCCCUACGUGAAGAAAAUUGUGUGUGAGGAGCUGGGUUCGCCUGCCAACUCUGCCGUUAACUGCGUGCCCUCUGAGGACUUCGGCGGGCACCACCCUGACCCUAACCUUACCUAUGCUGCUGACCUGGUCAACACCAUGAAGGGAGGUGAAUACGACUUCGGAGCAGCUUUUGACGGUGAUGGUGACCGUAACAUGAUUCUGGGUAAGCACGGGUUCUUCGUAAACCCCUCCGACUCUGUGGCGGUGAUUGGUGCCAACAUUACCUGCAUCCCGUACUUCAAGAAGACCGGCGUUAAAGGACUGGCACGCAGUAUGCCCACCAGUGGAGCCCUAGACAAUGUGGCCAAAGAACUGAAGAUGCAGCUGUAUGAAACACCUACAGGAUGGAAGUUCUUCGGGAACCUGAUGGAUGCUGGGAAACUGUCUCUGUGUGGAGAGGAGAGCUUUGGGACUGGUUCUGAUCAUAUCCGAGAGAAAGACGGCCUGUGGGCUGUUCUCGCCUGGCUGUCGAUUGUGGCCACCCGGAAGCAAAGCGUGGAGGACAUCCUGAAGGAGCACUGGCAAAAAUUUGGCAGGAACUUUUUUACAAGAUAUGAUUAUGAGGAGGUCGACUCAGAUGCAGCUAAUAAGAUGAUCGAUCAUCUGCAGAACACCAUGUUCGAUAAAGCCUUCGUUGGGCACAAGUUCUCUUCGGGUGAUAAAACCUAUCAGGUGGAGAAGGCUGAUAAUUUCGAGUACACAGACCCAGUGGAUGGAAGCGUCUCUAAGGGGCAAGGACUGAGGAUCAUCUUCAGCGACGGUUCGCGUAUCAUCUUCCGUCUCAGCGGGACGGGCAGCGCUGGUGCCACCAUCAGGCUUUACAUAGACAGCUAUGAGAAGGACCCUCAGAAGAUCUAUCAAGACCCUCAGGUCAUGUUGGCGCCGCUGGUGGACAUCGCUCUGAAGAUCUCUCAGCUGCAGGAGAAAACUGGCCGCACUGGCCCGACUGUCAUUACAUAAUCCCUCCACAUCGGUCUCUCGCCCUGGAUCCAGAACACGCCCGGUUCACUCGCCCAGCCAGCAGUGCCCUGCGUCAUUUCUCAUUGUAGCGUUUUCCAUUCGGUUCUCGUGUCUGGUGUGUGUCUGGCAUUUGUCUUCUCUGUGUUCUGAAGUGCAAUAAAAGUCUGUAAAGGUUUACUGUGAAUAUGUGGCUAAACCGCAGUACAGCACAGUAUUAUGCACUUACUGUAUGUUAGAAUGUAAUAGUGCGGAGUCUCUAUUAAAAACGCCUACUGUUCA